AUGUCUUCUGAUAGCAUACCAAGGAAUUUUAACAUCAAUAAUUUAAAACUUACACCAGAGAAACUUGCAGAGUGGAGUAAAAGGUGUACAUCAAACACGUUACCGUUUGCUCAUGCUGUACGCCAGGAGCCUUUUGAACCACCGAGAUCUUCAUCAUUUACUCUAAAAAAUCAUGUCGGAGGAUCCGAAGAAAAGAGUAGCGACAUUGCGAAUUUUGGUCUAAUUAGAAAAGAACAGAAAAUUCAUUGGGAUUUGCGUGAUGACGACAAAAGAAAAAAUCCAAGAAAAAAUACGAAAGCGAUUAAUGAUGAAUGUUCAUUUUCUGAGCCUCAGAGUUCCGACUCUCCACCGGAAUCGUCCCCGGAUGUAGAUCCACUAUCCAAGUUUGAAAAUAUGGACAUUGAUGUUAAUCUUCGAGAUGCAUCAACUGUUGCCGCUGAGAAUGCACCAAAUAAUAAUCGUAAUAACGAUGGCAAUUUAUUUGGCAAUAUUUCAACAGAAGAAAAACCUAGCGAAAAAUCGGAAUAUAGCCUUGGAAAGGACACGGUUACCAUCGAUCAAGAUAUCGUUAUGGAUGAAUCUUACGACAAACCAUCAGUUGCUGCUUCCAUCUUGAAACCCAAGAAAUCAACGUAUGAAGGGAUAUCUCCUCAUCCUCGUUCCGAACGUGAACCAAGAACACAAGAAAACGGCAAACCUUUUCAAGAAAUUGAUCGCAUAUUGGAUGAACUAGAGUCGUUUAUGAAGUCUAUACAAGAAUCGCAGUUUCAUGUGGAUCAAGAGCUCGAUUAUCUUGAAAGAUUAGAACCUUUUGAAGACGAGUUGAGAAGGACGCAUGGGGAAAUAUGUGAUUUAAAAUAUGACUUUGCCAAGCAAAUUUCAAUUGACGCUAUUGAGAAAGUCGAGGAAUGUGUGUACGUGUUUGAAAAG